AUGAUGAGUUAUAUUGGUGUGGGUGUGAGUCCAGGUAAUGUUCCGGUGUACCGCGGGAGCAGCUUAAAGGUCGUGGACCGGAGAGUGAGGGUAGCAGAAUUGGUGUUGAGAUGUGUUAUUUGCGUUUUAGCCGUUCUUUGUGCUGUGCUAAUUGCCACUGAUACUCAGGUUAAGGAAAUUUUCACUAUUCAGAAGACGGCCAUGUUUACAGACAUGAAAGCCCUUGUUUUCUUGGUAAUAGCCAAUGGUUUAGUUGCCUCCUAUUCACUGGCCCAAGUCUUGAGGUGUGUUAUGAAUAUGAUGAGAGGGAGUGUGCUCUUCAAUAAGCCCUUGGCUUGGGCCAUUUUCUCAGGUGAUCAGGUGAUGGCCUACUUGACCCUGGCUGCAGUGGGGGCCGCAGCCCAAUCAGCUGUUCUGGCCAAGUUUGGUCAGAACGAGUUGCAGUGGAUGAAGAUAUGUGAUAUGUACGGCAAAUUCUGCAACCAAAUUGGAGAAGGCAUAGCGACUGGGCUCCUCGUGAGCCUCUCGAUGGUCGUAUUAUCGGCUAUUUCGGCAUUCGGCCUCUUUCGUCUAUACGGAGAAAACAAAUCGAAGCUCGUCGGGAGGUUGUGA